AUGUGCCUCCGCCUUGGUCAGCUUAUCAAGGAGAAAUUAAUUCAAAGGGUCAGGGAUGCCAAGUGGUUUACUAUCUUAGUUGACGAGGUGACGGAUUGUGCUACCUUAGAGCGCCUGUUGAUCUAUAUUGGUUAUGUUGAUGAGGAAGGGAAGACACAUUUUGAUUUUCUUGAGGUAAAAGAUGUUCUUCAUUCAUCAGAAUCAGCAGAUUCUGAGACUCUCACAAGGAUCAUCACUGAGGAGCUGAAAGCAUGCGGUCUAAACCUUGCUUUAGUUUGUGGUUUUGGCUCAGAUGGCGCUAGUUUCAUGACUGGCAAAAAUAAUGGUGUUGGUGCCAGACUUCAGAAAGUGUGUAGCAUCAUGGUACGCAGUCACUGCAUAAACCACCGGCUUGCCUUGGCAUGCAGUGAAGUACAUCCAGACCAUCGAAGUUACCCUUUGUCAGUUGUGGAAGUGGCUGGAGUACCAAAAAUGCUGUUCAGCAUUUGUAAAGGUCUGUGUGUCACUUCAGAAAAUAAAGCUGGCUACUGCUAAUGAUGACCACACAAAACAGAAAAAGCUGUCCAAGUCUCUGGCAGUGAAGUUACAGAAAGCUUGCAGGACAAGGUGGCUUUCAACUGGCCAAAGUGUUUCAAGCAUCUGCCGAAACCUUCUUGCCCUGAUACAGACAUUGAGGCAGUUUAAGGAAGCUGAUGCUACAGCUCAAGGUCUUCUCCAGAGAAUGACUAACACCAAGUUUGUUGGCAUGAUGCUUCUACUGAAUGCAGUUCUACCUCAUCUCAACACCCUUAGCAAGGUGUUCCAAAAAGAUCACACAUGCUACACCUUCAUCAGACCUACACUUGAGAGCACCAAAUCCAGAAUUUCUGAAAUCUAGUCCUCCUUUGACCUUGUUUUUGAGUUUCAAACAGCCAUUCAGCCUAGUGGGGACUAUGCUUCUUUGGAACUGGAGCUUAAAGAUGAUGGCCAGGUUGAAGCAUUCUUGAACAAUCUUGUAGUUGCCCUCGAGAGGAACCUAGAUACAAGAUUGCAAGAGGCAGCACCCGUUCUUGAGGCAUUUUCCAUCUUCAAUCCGAGCUGCCUUCCAAAGUCAGAAGACCCAGCCUUCAAGAAGUAUGCUGUGGAUGAAGUAAAAAUGCUGUGCAAGCAGUUCCAGUUUGACAAAGAUCACACACUUGCACAGUGGUACAACUUCAAGUGCCUGAUUUCAUCAUGGAAGGUACCCUCUGCUGUUCUCCGGGGGAAAGAUGACCAUUCUCCAACUGAGUUCAUUCUAAGAAAAGUUGUUUAA